GAAUAACACUCUGGCCUGCGCGGAGACGACCGAACCGGUCUCCUCCGUGACGGCCUACAGUUCGCAGCCGGUGACGUACGCCGAAUGUUUCGUAUCUUGGCGUUUUCCGUGUGGCUCCCUUUCGCCGUCUCUCUUUUGCCCGACCGGACUACUUAUUCUUGAGCGCGCGAAGGUGCUCGCUGUUCCGUUUCGCAUUCUGAAAAUGUACCACGCCGACCAUCGUCUCCACCACUGUUGGACGUAACGACACGACCACCCUCCAUACCACGGGACAUAGUUGGCCGUCGACGGGAUGGCCCGCGACGCUAUCGUACACGAUGUGGACCUGCCGUCGCUGGAGUACGACGACGAGGAGACCGCUUACAUGUCCACAGAGACUCCUAGUUUCGACGCGGACGACGCGACGCUGGGCAGCACGUUCGUCAUCGUUGACGAGGACGUCUCCGAUCCGGACGACGACGACGACGGAGUCGGCGAAGAAGACGACGUCUCUCCGCUGGUGGCCCGGACGGCAUUGACCUCGGCCACCGAUUCGCGGUCGUCGUCCUCGGCCAGUGGCAAGGUCAAGUUCUUGGACAAGAUCAGAGAACACAAGAGCUACCAGAAGCUGGCGAGGAUCGUAAAAAAAAAAGGUGAAGAACCCCCAGUAAUCAUGUCACCAGAUUCAGGAAUUAAUGAACUGCAAGGUCUUAGCCUCGAAGAACAGGAAAAGCAGAAAGAAGAAUGGCAACAAGAACUGAAUAAGGUGGAAGAAGAAAUCAAGACAUUACGUGAAGUGCUUGGUUCCAAGGUGAAAGCAUCUCAAGAGCUUAGACGUAAGCUUGGUUAUACUGUUUGGCAAGAGAUUAGUGAAGAUGUGUCACAGAGCUUACGAAAUGUUAAAGAGUCAAAUGUAUUCAACUUUUCUUUACCAGAAUCGGGCGACAUGCGCACCCCAACCAGGAACAUGGUUCUAAAACACUGUUACCAAAAUGUAGAAGGCAAGGUUAAGCAGUUUGGAUCAGCGGUCACCGAAACGCCUAUCUAUCAAAAAACUGAAUCUGUAGUAAAAACAACUGCAGAGAAAGCUACUACAAUAUUUGGAGGAUUUGGUAGUGGUCUUACGACCAAGCUUGGUCAAAUUAAGAACUCUGAAUCAUUCCGUUCUUUUGAAGAAAAAGUGGGUUCAGCUUUGGAAAAUGUGAAGACUAAAGUCGCAUCUCGAUCCAAUUCUAUGCAGAACUUUGAUGAGAUAUUGGAGGAAGAAACUCGUUUGGCAAAUGAAGAAAAACGUUCACGAGAGGAGCGUGAGGCAGCAACAAAAUAAAUUUUUGCUAUUAUAAAUCAUCUCUCUUGUACUUCGACAUUUAUCAUAAUCGUGCAAUCUUGGUCACUUAAGUACAGAAUUUACCUUAAACUAGGCACUAAAAAUUCAAUUUCUCACAAAUAUUUUUCUCCUGAAUUUAGUGUUGAAUGAAAUGUAUUUUAUUACUAUAUAAAACAUUUUUUUCCAUAAUGUUAAUCUUUGAUUUGUGAUUUUUAAUAGUUAUUAAUCUUAUUUAUAUAAAUAUAAUAUAUAUAUUUUUUUUUUUUGUAAAAAUAAACUUAUGAGCGCUUUAAUUCUGAAAUAAUAAUUAUAUUUGUGCCUAUACAACGAUUACUGUACACCAUACACUUAUUUUAAAAAUAUUCCAAUUAUUGUAAUUAAAUUAGAUAUUUUUUUAGUUAAGUAUUUAUAUAAAUUAAACUAAAUUAAUUAUUAUGUUUACAAAAAAGCAUUAAUCUAUUAAAUAGUUAACAACUACUAACUUGGAAAAUUAUAAUACAUAUUUGGACAAGUUAAAAAUGAUUUCUUUGGUUAGCAGUUUGGCCCUAAUAUGUUCAUUUUGUACCAAUGUUGAUUCAGACUAUUGCAUAAUAUUAGCAUUAUUUCCUAUAGUUAUAAUCUUAUAACUUAAAAGUUAAAAUGUUAUGAUUGUCACACAUCAACAAAAAUUGGGUUACCAAAUGUUUAGAAAUAUUAAUGUAAUAUAAUAUGUAUUGUAUAU